CAGUUUGAGCCCUCCGAGUCUCCGUACUGAAGAAACCUGUCUCUCUCUCCGCUUUUAUUCGCUCAUCCUUGUCUUCACGCCAAAACAACGACCAGCCAGAUGAAUAUACACGGCAAAAUAUCGGGUCUGAUCACCGGAGUGUGCGCUUUUGUGUAGGACUCUGAACAACAUGGCUCUACGCGAUAUUCCUGCAGCAUGGCACCAUCCUUUCAUCGGUGUGCAUUUGUCUCCGAAACAUGAAUUAGUCGCUGUUAUCAGCAGGAAGAAAUAACGGGACCUGGCAAGCGACUCCUGUUUUUUAUGUGGAUAUUAUGCAAGCAUUGAGUAAACUGUCUGUUUUUCACACAGAUGACACAUUUGUGGCUGAACUGACAGUUCUACGUAAAUAGACAGUCAGCCGAAGUGAAUACAACAAAGAUGCAUUCCUUAUAGAGAGGAGGAGGGUCUGGGCUCGCAAAGGAUCGAGGUGAUAUUGGUGCAGUGCAGGAGGGUCCAGUAGAGAGGAGAGGUGACGUUGACCGGAUGCGUGUAGAGGAGUGUGCCGCGUGGCUUUGACCAUGAGCCGGUUGAUGUUGGGCCGGACCCUGGAGCGGAUCUGCAAGGCUGUGCUGUUGCUCUGCCUGGUGCACUUCCUCAUUAUGAUGAUCCUCUACUUCGAUGUCUACAGCCAGCGUUUUGACAUCUUCAGCCGCUUCAACAACGGCCGGGGAGCUAACGGCUCAAGAGGACCCCACCACUACUACAAUUUCUCUAGGCCCAACACCACCUUUGCCAGCUAUGUGGCUACGGCCGACCAUCUUCUGCCCAGUGCCAAACCAGAGGCAAACCAGACACCACCCACCCCUAAGCCAUUACCACCAUGUCCGGAGAUUCCUCUUGGUCUGGUGGGUCGUCUCCUCAUCGAAUUCAGCUCUCAGAUAACCCUGGAGCGGGUACAGAGAGAAAACCCUAACGUGACAGAAGGCGGGAAAUACACUCCUCCGGACUGCCGGCCCAAACAGAAAGUGGCCAUCAUCAUCCCAUUUCGGAACAGAGACAACCACCUGAAGUACUGGCUUCACUAUCUGCACCCAAUUCUGCGCAGACAGAAGAUCGACUACGGCAUCUUUAUCAUCAACCAGCUUGGGGAAGACACGUUUAACCGUGCCAAGCUUCUUAAUGUCGGUUACACGGAGGUUCUGAAAGAUGCAGAAUACAACUGCUUUAUUUUCAGCGAUGUGGACCUGAUUCCUAUGGACGACCGGAACAUCUACCACUGUUACGACCAGCCCCGCCAUUUCGCUAUUGCCAUGGACAAAUUCGGCUUCAGGUUGCCGUAUGCUGGCUACUUUGGAGGGGUGUCCGGCCUUAGCAAAAAACAGUUCCUUAAAAUCAACGGCUUCCCUAAUGAGUACUGGGGCUGGGGAGGUGAAGAUGAUGAUAUAUACAACAGAAUCACACUAAAUGGGAUGAAAGUGUCUCGGCCUGAUGUGAGAAUCGGCCGCUACAGAAUGAUCAAGCACGAGAGAGACAAACACAAUGAACCAAACCCCCAGAGAUUCAACAAAAUCCAAAACACCAAGACCACGAUGAGGAAAGAUGGAAUCAGCUCGCUAUUGUACAGAGUGGUGUCUGUGAAGAAACACCCACUCUACACCAACAUAUCCGUGGAGAUCGGCAAGCCCCCUCCUAGACCCGUCAAAGGAUAGAGAGCCACCGGGUCUUGACCACGGGUACAUGAAGUUCAGCGCACACACGCCCACAAACUCUGCCCAGGGUUAACUUCCUAUAUCACAGCACUGAUAUGCUGAACAGGUUAGUUCUCAGGAAUACAUUGGGCCUUGGAAGCUUAUUGCGGAUUCCUCGACUUAGAUCCGAAUCCGGAUCUGGACACACGGUGUCUUGAGCAAAAAGAACCUCAUCAUACAGUAUUCCAGUGGCUGUUUUGUUUCAGACCUUACAGAUACAAGCUAAAGCUCCAACGCUUUUAAACGGAAGGAUUGUUCAGUUUUGGUGAGUGACCUGUGAACGUUCAUGAACAAUGAAAAGCGUGGUCACUUUAUGUAAAUCAGUCAGAACAUACUGUACAUUUCAAAAGCGAAUGUGUCUUUGUACCUACAAAUACUGCAGCGUUUGAAUCUUUUCUUUCUAUCUCAGAUGUUGGUGGACCGUGUGAGGUUGCUCGAUUGGUGCUUGAAGUUGGCUCCUUAGAUUAUCACUCUUUGCUUUCGCUAUAUCCUUUUUUUAUUUUGUAUCGUCUCCACUUGCGUUUCUCUUUUGGGACAUGGAUCAGAGCUGAAUUUUGAGCAUAUUAACACGCGUCUCCAUGAAGGGAACCCUCGUUGAGAUGACAAUUGUGCGAUAGGAUUUGACUGAAUCUGGACAAAGCCCUACAAGCACAUGACUGCGUCGAUUUGGUAUGAAUGGAUCGCCGCAGUUGAUCGUCUGGCUGCCAUAGAGAGGUGUGAAGAAAAGGCAAGAACUUUCAAUGGAAGAUCGAAAUGACUGACGAUCAAACCUCUGCAUCUAUCAACACCUGCUCAAGAAACAACCGUGUACUACAAGCUAAAAAUUGUUAUUGUUUACUUGCGUUUGCUUUGACGAUUCAUAUUUAGACCUGUCAUAUUUCAAGGCUUCUUGAAAAUUCGAAGGACGCUAUUGUUGAUCAUAUGUACACUUCAGAUAAGGAUAAUCUACAAUACAGAGGUUGAGAUAUUUACAUGACGUCUCCAAUAUCAAAUACAAGUCAUGAAGAUGAACUAUCGGAACUGAAUUGAGAUGCUUUUGUUUGUAAUUCUUUGGAAGAAUUUGUUCACCCAAAAAUGAAAAUUCUCUUAUUGUCUGCCCACCCUCAUGAAGUUUUAAGCCCAUGUGCAGAUGUUUUUGAAGUAUACUAAAGAAAUGUCACGCUGAUUUUUGAUAUAUUUUAAGUACUCUAAAGUCAUAUGACAGCCUUGUGUGAGCAUCAGACUCAAUUUUUAAGAAUGCACUUAUUUAGUAGUGUAUGCAAAAAAAAGUGUAAAAUAUUUGUAUUGUAUUCUACUUAAAACAACAGCGGGUUUGGAACAACAUGAGGGUGAGUAAAUAAUGACUAUUUCCUUUUUAGGGGGGCUUACACUCAUUUACAGUUGUUUUCGUUUUGUUCUUGCAUUUCUCUUGCUGUCUCCUUUUCUUUGAAUGCCUGCAAACACCGAGCCGAUGCCUUGAGAUGUUUUAUGAGAGGUACACAUGUGUCCGCACAGUUUAAGCAAUUCUUUCUUUGUUGUCGGCUUUCGGGAGCUGUGCGUGGACAGUUCUUUUGAGCUAUUAUAAUUCUUUCAGCCCAGCACAGGGGAAGCCAUUACCGAAAGCCCAUGCAGCCACUCUCUCUCUAUCCUUUCAAAAUGCCAUUUUCUUGUGCGUUUUUUAAGGCACACCUUGUUGUUGCCUUCUGCCUUUUUACUUUUAGCCUUACCGACCCAUUUUAUUUCUGUGCAUUUGCAGUCGCGCUGACUUAACUGCUGACGCAAGCUGAAGACUCCAACAUUGCUUUCCUUCAUGAUGUCUUAAGCACUUCAUCACCUCCGUCUCAUGGGUGUUGCAACCUGUUUGUGUAUCACAGCUGCCACGGUGUAUACGUAACUGUACAUUCACCAUUAGACGAAAUAACUCCCUAAUAUUUUCACACAUUUGUGCUUCUUCGAUUUUAUGGGAUUAACAGCCUUGACGAUGCAGUAUCCUUAUUUUCCAAGUGUUUUUCACUGAGCUGUGGUCAGGUUUAUUCAGAUAUUGAUUCAUAUUUCUUCUUGCUGUGUGGCUUGCAUUUUGAAUGCUUGGAAUGAGAGCCGUGCAGUGAAUCUUGAACCUUUGACUUGUGAAUGAGAUUUUAAGGCGAUCUUCAAAUUUGAAAGACGUUUGGCUUGUCCCAGAAUGUCUGCGCAAAUGAGGAUUCUGUUUCUGUCGCUGUGAAAUGAGAUUAUUUAUUUUUAGAGUUCUUGUAUCAAGGCACGUAUUGAAUUUGAAGAUGAAAUGUUGCAGAGAGCAUAUCGUUUGCAUUGACAUCAUUUUGCAAAAUGGAAAUGCACUCCAUAUGAUUUAUAUAGCGUGAGUGGAACUAGACGAAUUGCUUUCCUUUCUGUUCGGUGACCUCGCACACGAUGUUGCAUGCGACUAGUUGAGCCUCACGCAGCAUGUGAUCUAAUGUGUCAUUCUUCCAGUUCUCGACAUUUAAAGGAUUCUAGUGAUACCAUGUAUUUGGAUGCUGUGAAUUCUGUAUUUGAAUUCUGUAUCUUCUGUGAAUCUGAUGUUUAAAAGUCAAAAAUGAUUCGAUUUUCAAGAUUUUUUCAUCUGAAUGCCUUCUUAGUAUGCUUAGUUUUAUCUGCCGUUUUUCUUCGUAUCCUUCAUGAUAGCUGCUUGUAUGUUCUGUUCUGCACAACUUGCACAACUCUCAUGACCGAUUUAGUAAAGCACAAACAUUCUUCGAGCUCGCUUCAGCAAAUCUCACUUUAUGGUUUGCAAAAUCACACUGAUGCCACAAUGAAAAUAGCUUUUGAUAUUGAUGGUGUUUUUGUUUUCCUUCCUCAUCCUUGGGUCAUCAAACCCUCCCGCCCUGAGAACCGUAAUGCUCUUCCUUUCUCAUUUCUCCAAAUGCCCUUUUGAAAUCUGCGCCACCUCUCUUUCCCGUCACCCUGUUACCCCUCAGCUGCCCUUCUGAAAGCAUCUCAUCUGUGCUUGAUGGUUGUUUAUCUUAGAGGGGGCAGAGGUGGUUAGAUAUUCCACACUAUGAAAUGAACUACUACUGACAGCCUCAGGUCUUCAUGCCUGGGCCGCAUUUUUAAAGACUUGCUGUCUAUCGAGGUUUUUUGUACAUUGAAUGUCAAAAAGGCUAUAUCUUAUAUAGAAUGCAUUAUGUCAUAUCAAACAUACUUUUUGUAUACAAUCAAUAAAUCUGAUGCUCCAAGAAUCUGACUCUGAUGGUGAG